AUGCCUCCAAAGAGCGCAUCGCUAGCCUCGCUGCUAGGCACACUGACAAGCGCGGCACCUGUCGACUUCGACCCGGAAGCACUCGAGGCUGAUCAGGCCGGACCCUCCACUUUCACCAACGGCAGUGAUGCUUCCGACAGCCAGGACGAUGAUGAAGACGAGGAAGAGGAGGAUGACGAUGAGGAGGGAGAGGAGGACCGCAUGAACCCAAGGGCGCACUAUGCUGAUGUGGGGCCAAGUGACAUGCGCAAGAAGGCGGCACUGAGCGAGAGCGACAGAAUCAGCGAUCCCAGGUAUCAGGGCGUCAAGAGCAGUCGUGUUGAGCUCUACGGCGACGGCGACGAGGAUGAGGAGGAUGGUGACGAAGAGGACGACGACGAAGAUCAAGACGUUGCAUCAGGGCUCGAAGACGAAGGCGACGCCUCGGAAGAUGAGGAAGAGGACUCGGACAAUGACGAUGACGAGGACGACGCCAGCAUCCCAGCAAAAGCGACAAAGCAGCUCCGUUUCGCAGACGACAACGACGACGACGAGGCCUCCUCGCAAUCAACAUUCUCUGAGACCGACGAAUCCUCGUCACACGCUCCAGCAUCCGCAUCCAUCGCCGCGCAAAUCACCCAAUCCGCAACGCAAGCCAAGCAGCUCAAAGCGCGUCGUCUCGAAGACGCCGAAAAGGGGCGAGCCGUUCGCAAGCAGAUCAAGACGUACGAGCGCACGCUCGAGACGCGCAUCAAGGCGCAAUCCGUCCUGCGCGAUGUCAACCGUCUUCCCGACCCCUCUCCCUAUUCCGAAACUCUCCGCACAUCGACCGGGGCGAUGGAGGGGGCGAUAGGAUUGGUAGAGCAACUGCUGGAGCUAUCGGAGACGCUCUUUUCUCUCCGCACACGGCUGGCCACACUUUCCUCCGAGGACGAUGCUGUCACUGCGCCGGCAUCGCGGAAGAGGAAGCGCGACUUUGACGUGCCCGCGCCCGACUCUCCUUCGGAAGCCGAGCAGACGUGGAGCGAGGUCGAGUCGCACGAGCAGAUCGACGCGACCCUCUCCGACAUUGUCUCGUUCAGCGAGGCGGUCGAGGGCCAACGUUGUAGCGUGUUGGAUAAAUGGAGUCUCAAAGUUGCCACAGCCGCCACGAGUUCGGGAAACAAGUUCGCGCCGACGUUGCGGGCGGUGAACCAGACGCCGUCCGCUCAGAUCCAGUCCGCGCUCGCAGGAGAUGGACUGGCCCGGCUCGUCUCCCGCACACGCGUGCUUCGCGACGACACGCCCAAACUCACCACCUCGAAGAACGGAGACGAGGACGCAGAGGUGUUCGACGACAGCGAUUUCUACAGCACCCUGCUGAAGGAUCUCAUCGAACGCAGGUCCUCUUCGGCCGCACCCGCUACCGCCGCCAUGCUGCUCACCGGUCUCCAGGGAGGGAAGAAGAAGAAGCAGAAUGUCGACACAAAGGCGAGCAAGGGCAGGAAGUUGAGGUACGAGGUGAACGAGAAGUUGGUCAACUUCAUGCCGCCGAUCGGAGACAGGUUGCGGUGGGGAGAGGAGCAGAUCGAUCGGCUGUUUAGGCAGCUAGCGAGCUCGACGGGUCUUGUCGAGGAUAGGGAGGAGAGUGGAGAGGAGGAAGAGGAGGUGGAGGAGGCGGGGCUCGAUGGGUUGCGCGUGUUCGGUUGA